AGACUUUACAGGAGAAGAGGGAAGAAGGGAAUUAGGCGUGGCAUUUUCACAAGCACUUGGGGUGCAGAGACUUAUUCGCCACUGAAAAAAAGCACCAAAAAAUGCUGAGCUUUCAAACUUGCCUCCCGCCAAUACUGCCGAGCGCCUCUGUGCACCGUACCCGCGCUCUAAACUCUCUUUCUUGCUUGGCAAUCUCGAAAAAAUCCGAUUCGGAGCCCGAUCCUAAACCUCGCUCCAACGCGAAACCGAAACCUGGCCGCCGAAAAAUUGAAACUUCUGAAGACGAAGAUGAAGAACAAGGCGAGACGUUCCCGACGACGAUUCCGAGGAAGCCUCGGCGUGGGCGUAGAAGCGAGGCGGCGGCGGUGGAAGAUUACGUGCGGGAGUCACUUGAUCGAACAUUUGCAUCGAUCAGAGAGCAGAACCCAGAAAUUGUUGAGAAGAAGGAAGAAGUGAUGAAGAGGAGAGUUGACGACGAUGAAGAAGAUGAGGGUUUUGGAAGAGAGAAGAGCAUGGUGGUUGAAGAGGAGAGUAGGGAUUGGCCUUUGGAUGCUGACGUGGGGUGGGGGAUUAGGGCUUCGGAGUACUUUGAGAAUCACCCGAUAAGGAACGUAGUGGGUGACAAUGGGGUUGAGCUUGAUUGGGAAGGUGAGGUUGAAGAUAAUUGGGUGAAGGAGAUUAAUUGCUUGGAAUGGGAAAGCUUUGCAUUUCAUCCUAGUCCGCUUCUGGUUCUUGUUUUUGAGAGGUACAACAGAGCAAGCGAUAACUGGAAGGCUUUGAAAGAGCUCGAAAAGGCGGUCAAGGUCUAUUGGGAUGCCAAAGAUCGCUUGCCUCCUCGGUCGGUUAAGAUAGACAUUAAUAUUGAGAGAGAUUUGGCUUAUGCUCUCAAAGUUAAAGAAUGUCCUCAGAUUUUGUUUCUACGUGGAAACAGGAUCUUGUACAGAGAGAAAGAGAUUCGAACAGCAGAAGAAUUGGUUCCAAUGAUAGCGCAUUUCUACUACAAUGCAAAGAGGCCUUCCUGGAUUGAUGUCAAGGAGUUAUCUCCACCUUACUAGUGGCAAUCUGGCUUCAGAUUAUGCGCUGGUGAAAGCAUUGGUUAAUUCAGAGCUUGGAAGCAUGGAGCAAAAUCGAGAGCAGGUUGUAUUUGCAGGACGUCCGACUCUCAUAAGAGAUACUGAUUAUUGCUGCAUGUGUGUUUGUAUGUGUUGUGGAAGCCGAAACAGAGUAUGCGAGAACCAGGUGAGCAGCCUCUGUGUGUGGCAUCAUGGGACUGUUUUAAUGGUGAAGAGGGCAAAUGUAGCUUUGCGGGAAAAAGUUGAAAGGUUGUGGAAUCUGCAGCUAUGGUUUGCUUGCUAGACAUGAUAAGAUUUUUGCUGGUGCGGCUGUGGUUUGCUUGCUAGACAUGAUAAAUUUAAGUAUGUAUGUCAAGUGUUUAAGAUACACUAAACGCAAUAAGAUCUAUACCCCCUUUCGUA